AUGACCUCCCUCAAACAGUUCAUCCGUAACGUCCGGUCCGCAAAGACAAUUGCAGAUGAGCGAGCCGUCGUACAAAAGGAGAGUGCCGCGAUUCGGGCCUCCUUUCGAGAGGAAAGCCAUGACUCGAACGUCCGGAGAAACAAUGUUGCCAAAUUGCUAUAUCUUUUCACAUUAGGAGAACGUACACAUUUCGGUCAGAUCGAAUGCCUGAAACUGCUCGCAUCUCCACGGUUCGCCGACAAGCGUUUGGGAUAUUUGGGAACAAUGCUUCUGUUGGAUGAGAAUCAGGAAGUCUUGACUCUAGUGACCAAUUCUCUGAAGAAUGACUUAAACCAUUCCAACCAAUAUAUCGUCGGCCUCGCCCUGUGCACGUUGGGAAACAUUGCGUCCGUUGAGAUGUCUCGAGACUUGUUCACUGAAGUGGAAUCUUUAGUCACCACGGCCAACCCCUAUAUUCGACGCAAAGCGGCGUUAUGUGCCAUGCGUAUCUGCCGAAAAGUCCCCGACUUGCAAGAACACUUUUUGGAGAAAGCCAAGAUGCUGUUGUCUGAUCGCAAUCACGGAGUCCUACUUUGCGCCUUGACAUUAGCUAUCGACCUUUGUGAACAUGCAGAGGAACUCGAUGAAGGCGCAGAAGACGUUGUUGAAAGUUUCCGUCCCUUGGCAGGCCCUCUGGUCAAGGUCCUCAAGGGCUUGACGACAUCAGGAUAUGCUCCCGAGCAUGAUGUUUCCGGCGUGACUGAUCCGUUCUUGCAGGUCAAGAUUCUUCGUUUCUUGCGUGUACUGGGAAGAGGGGAUGCAACCACGAGUGAGCUCAUCAACGAUAUCCUUGCUCAGGUAGCCACGAACACUGAGUCGUCGAAGAAUGUCGGUAAUGCAAUCUUAUACGAAGCGGUCCUUACGAUCUUGGAUAUAGAAGCCGACUCCGGAUUGAGGGUGUUAGGUGUCAAUAUACUGGGCAAAUUCCUUGCAAAUAAAGACAACAAUAUCCGAUACGUUGCGCUUAAUACGCUCAUCAAAGUGGUCGCCGUCGAACCCAAUGCAGUACAAAGACAUCGAAACACUAUACUUGACUGCUUGCGCGAUCCCGAUAUCAGUAUCCGUCGACGAGCGCUCGACUUGAGCUUCACAUUGAUCAACGAGGGUAACGUUCGCGUCCUUGUUCGUGAACUAUUGGCUUUCCUGGAGGUUGCCGAUAACGAAUUCAAGCCUGCAAUGACGUCCCAGAUCGGUAUCGCCGCAGAUCGGUUUGCUCCUAAUAAGCGAUGGCAUGUUGAUACUAUGCUUCGAGUGUUGAAACUUGCUGGUGGUUAUGUCAAGGAACAGAUUUUAUCGUCAUUUGUCCGUCUUAUUGCUACAACGCCCGACUUGCAGACCUACGCUGCGCAGAAGCUGUACUCUUCAUUGAAAUCUGAUAUAACCCAAGAAGGGUUGACACUUGCUGCUGCAUGGGUUAUUGGUGAAUAUGGAGAUGCUCUUCUACAAGGUGGUCAAUAUGAAGAGGAGGAACUGGUCAAGGAAGUUCAUGAGAGCGACAUUAUGGAUCUGUUCACCAACAUCCUCAAUAGCACGUAUGCUACCCAAGUCGUCACCGAAUAUAUAACUACGGCGGUCAUGAAGCUCUCUGUUCGGAUGUCAGACCCAUCUCAAGUGGAGCGAGUCCGACGGUUCCUGGCCAGCCGCACCUCUGACUUGAACGUGGAAGUGCAGCAGCGAGCUGUUGAAUAUAGUAAUCUGUUCGGAUAUGACCAAAUCCGCCGUGGAGUGCUGGAGCGAAUGCCACCACCAGAGAUCCGAGAGGAGCAAAGAGUGCUUGGAGAGCCAACCAACAAGAGACAAAGUCGGAUGCUCAAGGACAAAUCCAAGAAAUCUGUCAAGCAGUCUGAGGAUAUGCUUCUCGACCUUAUUGGUGGUUCUGAUGUCCCAACGGUCUCCAGUCCCACAGGCGCGAAUGGCGUAUCUACGAACACCGCAGAUCUGCUGGCGGAUAUCCUUGGUGGAAACGGUACAGCAUCACCCGCUCCCCCAGCAGCCCCAUCCAACACCGCCGCUAUAAUGGACCUCUUCGGUUCGAAUGGCACGCCACCACCAGCACGUCCCCAAACACAGUCACCCUUACCCACGACUGCUUCCCAGGAUCUUCUCGGAGGUCUCGGUGGUCUAACAACCUCUACUCCUCCCCCUGCUGCUGCUGCUGGAGGCCACACAGCAUUCAAUAAGAACGAUCUAGUCCUUACAUUACAAGUACAACGAAACGCCAGCGGGUCUGGUGCCCAAAUCCUUGCACGAUUCCGUAACCAGUCUGAUUUCACGCGCAUAACGAGUGUGGGACUUCAAGCGGCAGUUCCCAAGAGUCAGCGAUUGCAGUUGAGUGCUAUCACCAAGGCGGAUCUAAGUGGGGGAGAGGAAGGAACCCAGGCCUUGAGGAUUGCUGCUGUUAGUGGGGCACUACCACCUAAACUCCGACUACGUCUCCGUGUUACAUAUGGCAAGGAUGGAGCGAGUCCGGUUACCGAACAGGUUGACUGGACCGAGCCAUGA